AUGCCGUUCUUCUGUGGAAAAUAUGUAGUAGAAUGCCUGCUGUGUUCUGUAGAACACAAAAGAAAGAAAAACAAGAGCAAAAAGCAUCUGAACUGCAUUAAAUACCUUGCGGACAGAAGCAAAAUGCCUGCCGACACUGAAAUGGAGAGAGAGAUCUGUGACUUCUUGAGGCGAAAUGGCAAAAGCACAGCUUUGAUAAUUGCUAAAGAAAUCGGACUAGAUAAAUCCACCGUAAACAAACAUCUGUACAACCUAGAGAGAUCAAAUCAGGUGUUCAAAACUGACGAACAGCCUCCUGUUUGGGGCCUUAUGGAGAAGAAGAAUGAGAUCAAACCAGAGCUAAAGUCUCAGACGACCAGAGACACAAGCGAGGAGAAAGAUGUGGAGGAUCUGCUGAAGAGAUCAGGAGGUUUAAAAGCCCAUCAGAUCGCCACAGACCUGGGACAGCCGAAACAAACCAUCAACAAACAGCUGUACAGUAUGGAGGAGAAGGGUAAAGUACAGAAAUGCAGCAAAAGCAAAGUGUGGACUCUGAAUGAGGAGUGGAGCCAUGAUAGUUUCAGCCAAGAGAGUUCCUGUCCCAGUGAUCAUGGACUGGACUCAGUUUCAGG